AUGGCUUGUGGGGCUCCUGAGCGGCUCUUUGUCUCUUUGACAGGUACCAUCCACCUCCGCAUUCCCGAGUCCUCCCCAGUUGGGACAGCCAUUGGCAGCGUCAAAGCCACAGAUGCAGACACUGGAAAAAAUGCAGAAGUAGAGUACAGAAUUAUAGAUGGCGAUGGGACAGAUAUGUUUGAUAUUGUGACACAGAAGGACACGCAGGAAGGCAUCAUAACUGUGCAAAAGCCACUGGACUAUGAGACGAGACGACUUUAUACCUUGAAAGUAGAAGCUGAGAAUACCCAUGUGGAUCCACGCUUCUAUUAUCUUGGGCCUUUCAAAGAUACAGCUAUUGUGAAAAUCUCUGUAGAAGAUGUAGAUGAACCUCCUGUUUUCAGCAGGUCUUCUUACCUUUUUGAAGUGCAUGAAGAUAUUGAGUUGGGGACAAUAAUAGGAACAGUAAUGGCACGGGAUCCUGAUUCGGCCUCAAGUCCGAUAAGGUUUUCUCUGGAUCGUCACACUGACCUUGACAGGAUAUUUAAUAUUCAUUCUGGAAACGGGUCCAUCUAUACUUCUAAGCCACUUGACCGUGAGAUAUCACAAUGGCACAAUCUUAGUGUUAUAGCAGCUGAGAUCAACAACCCCAAAGAUACUACUCGUGUACCUGUCUACGUAAGAAUUUUGGAUGUUAAUGACAAUGCCCCACAGUUUGCUGUAUUCUACGAUACUUUUGUCUGUGAAAAUGCAAGAGCUGGACAG